CACAGUUUAAUAGUCAAUAGUGCUGACUCGCUGAGUGUGUAAACCUGAAAAAAACAACGUAGUGUUAGACGUUCCUAAAGAAAUAUGGUAAUUCAAAGAUUCAACGACCAAUGUUAUAGCCGUCCAACAUUGAUUACCACCGUCGUGGCACUAAGGCAAAGACCACUAAUUCAAAGCUGGAGAAAUUUCUUUGAUUCCAUUCACUUGCUACAGCUGCAAGAUCGGAUAUCUGUUGCUUUUCGAAGCUGACUGCAGAGAAAGAUGAACAGCAAAUCAUUCGAGCUAAGAUGACCGACGAAGAUGCUAAAAAUCUUGCGUAUACAAUUCAACAUGCCGAUCAACUGUACGAAGAAAAUAACUUCCAGGAGACGUACGACGUGCUGCGAAAAUUUUCUGAACCUGACAAAUUUGGAAUAAAAUGGCGCUUAGCACGGGUACUCUACAAACUUUCAAAAACCGUUCCGAGUCCGAAGAAAGAGGAGAUGAUCCGCCAAGGUUUCCAAUUGGCUACAGAAGCUCUGGUCGUGAAUGACAACGAUUUUGCCACACACAAAUGGUAUUCGAUACUGUUGGAUGCAAAGAGCAGUCUCGACGGUAUCAAGGAACGUGUACUGCAGCUCGAAAACGUGAAGUUACAUAUACGGAAAGCCGUUGAGCUUAACCCGUGUGAUUCCAACAGCUGGUUCGUCUUGGGAAAGUUCUACUACGGUCUGGCGGAAUUACCCUGGUACCAGAAGAAAAUUGUAUCGACCGUUUUUGCAACCCCGCUGGCCGGUACAUUCGAGGAGGCAUUGGAAUGCUUCGAGAAGGCCGAAAGCAUUAAGCCCAAUUUCUACUCGCCAAACCAUCUGAUGCUGGGAAAGGCUUAUCAAGCCUUGAAAAAGACGGACAAAGCGAAAGAGUUUCUCACUCUGGCAGCUAAUGUAACGGUUCACAAUGAGGACGAAAGGGAAGCAAAAGAAGAGGCGACCAAACUGCUUCAAAAAAUCUAGAAUUCGAAACGUGGUUCGUAGGUUGUGAUGAAAAUAACAGAACCCAUACCAGUUAAACAGUCAAUUGUUAUAGUAUUAUAAGUUGAAAAGUUGUUAAAUGAAGAGUUGCAUGGUUUUGAAUACUUUGCAGGUUAAUAUAUACCUAAUAUUGAAAAGUUAAGUUGAGUUUCUUCGAGCAGAGAUAUCAGACACAUUUUAGCGUUAGAGGACAAUUCGCAUUUCGGCUGUGUGAAGCAAUCUCUACCCAACUUUUGGUAAUUAGCUAGAAGAACAUGUGACUAAAGAUAUUCAAUUUUUCAAUUGUAUGCGGUGGAUUUCGCAUAGCGAAAGCGUCAUUACCUAGUAUGUCCUGUAUGCAGUGCAUUUUUAAUCAGAAAUAUAUUCAAGUUAAACAGUAAGCUCAGUCAAGCUUACAAAAUUCACCAAACAUUUUUGCUAGGUGUGCAAACCAAUUUUACAGAUUUUUUGCAAAACAUGUUUUUUAUAUGAAAAAAAUACAGAUACGAGGAAAAUAUUAAUACCGCAGAUACCUAAAGAAA